GACCGGAUGCCCCUAAUAAUGGCCGCCCGUUUUGUCUCCUUCUUUACCACCGAGAUCGUCUCGUUCCCACCUCCCACCACCCCUCCUCUCUGCCUCCGCGCGGAGAAUCCCUAUCGAUCCUCCCCGUGCGUGCGUGCGUGCGUCUUCCGCGAGAGAGAAGAGGCGAGUGGAGAAGGGAAGAGUCGAGGAGGAGGAGGACAUGGCGGCGGCGGUGCGGGUGGAGAAGGCGACGAGCGACCUGCUGCUGGGGCCCGACUGGACCCUCAACAUCGACAUCUGCGACGACGCCAACUCCGAUCACGGGCAAGCGAAAGAGGUGAUUAAAACUUUGAAGAAGCGUCUUCAACACAAGAAUUCAUCGGUUCAAUUUCUUGCGUUGACGCUGUUGGAGACUCUGGUGAAAAAUUGUGGGGAUCAUGUGCAUUUUCUGGUUGUAGAGCGCGGUAUAUUGCCGGAAAUGAUCAAAGUUGCAAAGAAAAAGGCAAAUGUGCAAGUGAGGGACAAAAUUUUGACACUCCUUGAUUCCUGGCAAGAAGCAUUUGGUGGGCCUGGUGGCAAGCACCCUCAAUUCUACUGGGCAUAUUCUGAACUUAAGCAAUCUGGUUUGGAAUUUCCUAGGCGCUCACCUGAAGCAGCAACAAUAUUCGCUCCUCACCUUCAACCAGGGAUCGGAAUGCCAGUCAGUUCAUCCUUGAGAGCUGAUGAGAUGAUUUCAUCUAGUGGCUCUCCUCUGAGUUUGUCAGACUUGCAACGCAUUUUAAGUGCCGCGGAGCUACUAAGUGAGAUGCUGAGAGAAGUCAAUCCAAAUGAUCAUGAGGCUGUGAAUGAUGAAAUUAUUGCAGAACUUGUGAACCAAUGCCGGUCAUACCAGAAAAAGAUCAUGAGCUUGGUAAGUUCAGUGAGUGAUGAAGACCUCUUGAGCCAAAGUCUUGACUUAAACGACAGAUUGCAAAUUCUGCUUUCCAAACAUGAUGCAAUUGCAUCAGGUUCCCCUCUACCGGCUGAAGAAACAGAUGUGUUGAGUGAAUUGCCCAGAGGGAUCACUACAACUCCUGCAGUAACAGUUGUUCCCGAAACUGCCAUUGUACCAACUUUUGUCUUGGCUGAUGAAGAGGAAGAGGAGGAAGAUGAUGAGUUCUCUCAGCUAGCUCGCAGGAAUUCAAGAUUCAGGGCAGCAAAUGAGAAGAGUGCCUCUUCAGGGGUAGGCGCAUCAUCGUCGUCCAUGCAGGACGGAACAGCAAGUUCAGCAGCUCCUGUGACCACUUCAGCACCACCAUCUACUUCAAGCAGUGCACUAUCAUUGCCUGAACACCUAGCUCCGAUAAGGACUUCUCCAGAAGAGAAGAUUAUGAGUGACCUUCUUGCACUCACCAUAGUGUCAAGCCCAUCACCUGAACCUGCCUUGCAUCAUGGUGGUUCCCCAACAAGUUAUCAUCCACAGCCUCGUUACGUAGACCCAGAACACACAGCUGCGGCACAAAAUAGUUACGUCGCUCCUUGGGCUCAGCAUCAAUCUCAAACUGGACCCAUUAAGCAUCAGCAUCAGCAACAGCAACCACCACCACAAUCACAAUUUUCUUACAACCCAUCUCCUUACCCGCCACCACCAUGGGACCCGCAGGACAACACUGAGUCAAACCCUUUCGUGGCAUCUUCAUCGCAGCAUCUUUCCACUUCCAGCUCGCCUCUUAAAGUACCAUCCAACAUGAGGCCUCUACAGCAAUCACAAUCUUUUGGCGUACCGCUUCGCAGUGCUGUGUUAAAUUCCCCAACAAACAAGAACCUGAAGCAACCGAUGUCUGCAGGGUCUCGAAGACCAUCUUAUGUUCCUUCCAACAAGUUCUUCGAUGAUCUGCUUGACAGAAAUGCGGACGGUACUCUGAAAACGGGCAGCACGGUGAUUGGAGGCACGUCCAGCCCAUACAAACCGUAGCGAUGCCGGUGGAAUCAGUUUAUGAGAGAACAUCUGCCUGUGGUACGUCCAGUUCAUACGAGCCAAUAAAUCACAGCGAUACCAGUGGAAUCAAAAUAUGAAAGGCUUGCAUUGUUUUGUCUUGAUGACUGCUACGAUUCCAUUUGGUGCGCAAACUUUGUUAACUUGAUUGGUUUGAUUGAUGCUUCUGGGAAACAUAAGUAAUUUAUGCGAAAACAGAGCAUGUGAAGUCAUCAAUCUCUUUUGUUGUGGAAUUAAAAUUGAUUGUGCACUUCAAAUAAGAUGCCAUUGACAGGUUGAUGCUA